CUAACCAAUCAGCAUAAUGCUACUGGAACGAUACUGCGAAGUUCGCAGUUCGAACGACAGGCAGGAGGAAACCUUUGUGGGAGGAUGGAGCCUGACGCCCCCGUUGCUCGCCGAUUAGCCCCUGAGCUCUCUGCUGCCGCCACCCCACCACCACUUCUUACCUCGUGUCAGGCUCCUCUCCUUAUUGAUCAAGAUUUUCAAGGCACACCCCAGUCUUUUGUUUCAACUGAUGCUCCUCCAAUGUUAGACCGUGGGAUCGUAGCUAACUCGUCAUCGAGGCUGAUGAGAAAUGCUACACAAGCUGCUACUACCGCUGCUACCGAUUUUCAUGCUGCCUGUAGUGGCUACAUGGUUGAGGGGCACUUUGCUUGGGAACCGUACGAGAAGAAAACGUAGGACCUCAUUCGGAAGGAAUGUGCUCUUCGUGAAAUCAAACUGAACACGCGAACGGCCAAGGAGAACCGGAUUUUAUGUCUUCGUCGCUACGAUGAACUCAUCAACAGCGGCGAAGGGGCCUUAGCUGCUUCAACAAUGGCUGGAGGAGGGACUCGCCGUACGAAGCACUGCUUCGUCUAGCUAUUGUUGUGUUGUCUGACAACAUGUACAUGCGGCUCAUUGAAGUUACCGGAAGGAACUUCGAUCGAGCUGACUUGGACGAUGUUACGGACUCGCUGAAAGCUCAAUUUUGGCGCGAUGUGGCUACUGUUUAUUGCCCUAACGACGAUAAGUUCAAAGGAUUCAUUGAAUAUGAUGCUGAUUCUGACGGAAUUGACCCUAGUACCAUUGUGCCACAUAGUCCAGCAAAAUUGGAAGAGAUGUGGAUGGAGCUGACGUCGUUCUUCAGUAUAAGUGAGGCGAACUUCCGUCUAUCUGGGACGCACGAUCACGAGUUCAAGCGGUUCGUGCAGGGCAAAUUGGAUGUGUUGUACCUAGGGUACUGGCUGAAGGAACGACCACAAGCUCUAAGCAGCGUGAAAGGUGGGAUGUACGAGGAGGGCGAGUUUGACUCGCUUUCUUCGUUUACUCCGACUCGCGAGCAUCGACGUGCUACCCAAGCAAGCGAGGUUCCAGCAGGAAGCGAACGGGUGCUCACACGCUCACCAAAGCAACUUCUAAAAAAGAAAACAAAAACACAUUCCGAUUCAACGGAUGACGUGCUGGUGACACUUGUUGGUAGAAUCGCAGCUGCACGGGAGGCAGAGAUCACUCUCGCGCGAGAGCAGGAUCAAGAAGCUACUGCUCGAGUGCGAGCUGAAUACUACAAGAUGCUCGAUGAUAUCCGCAAGCGGAUUAGCGCAAUCGAAAGCGAGAUGAGCUCUGCGGCAAGUCCUAUUAAACUCCGGCUGCAAGUUGACUUGGACUUUUUUCUUGAGGAGCGUCAAAUGAUCAUGGACGCCUUACGCGAACAAAACCUUUAGCUCACAUAGGGUAGCUACCGCUGGGUUUGAUAUGAAUCUAAAGUUUCUUGAAUUGUGCUUCGAUUGUUUCACUA